AUGUCUAUUAAUGUCGAUGCAGAAAGUGAUUCACUGAUGGCAUUACUAAAAGGUGGCAGUCUUGACGAAUUUGGUAUUCGUGUUUGCCAAUUGCAGAUUACUGUUCCCAUUGUACGACAUUUCAGUAAACUAACGUCAAACGCUCAAACAGCUUUUCAAUUUAUUAAGUUAGCUUUGCUUAGUGAAAGAUAUUUUAUCCUAAAGGCCAAAACUAUAGGCGUAAGUCAACUAACUUUCUAUGCAAUUAAUGUGGAAGACUAUGAAUGUCGUCAGCGUUACUUCGAGUAG